AUGGUCUUCAAAUUUUUUAGCCCACCCAAAGAUUCACCAGAUAUCAUUGAUCCUCCUCAAGAAGUUGUUGAUGAAGGCUUGGAUUUUUGGCGAACUUUACACCUUAUUGGGAAAUCUUUUCAAAAAAGACUACCCUUUAAAGUGGUUCAAGAUGCAGCGGCAAAACUCUGGACAUCCUAUGGCCUCACUCACACAAUUUUGGGUGAUAAUAACACAUUCCUGUUCAGAUUCUCUUCCUCAUCCCAAGCUCAGAAAGUUCUAUCUCUUGGUCCUUGGUCUAUUGCUGGGAAACCUUUCUCCCUAUUGAGAUGGACCAACCAAAUCCAAUCCCAACCAUCAACCAUUGCAUGUAUCCCUACCUGGAUUAAAUUCUUCAACAUCCCUCUCAAUUAUUGGACAACAAAUGGUCUUAGCUACAUUGCAAGCUCAGUGGGAGAACCACUGUAUGCUGAUCAAGCAACAGAAGACAGAACCAAACUCAAAUUUGCAAGACUUUGUGUAAAUGUUGACUUCCAAAAGCCUCUACGCAAUGUAGUCCAACUCAAAAUGGAAGGAAACUUGGUUAAUAUCAAAGUAGAAUACCAAUGGAUCCCAAAGUUCUGCAGCAAAUGCCAUCAGCUCUCUCACACUGUCAAUUCCUGCCCUCUUAACAUCAUACAACCACCACCCUUACAGAUUAACAAACCAUCCUCACAGCAAAACAAUACUCCAAUGAUUGAUCACAGGCCUGCAAUACAGCCUACCACUGAAUGGGUGACCAUCAGAAGGAAGAAGAGCAAACCACCAGUCAACACUGCUCAAACAUCCAAGCAACCAUCCUCCUCUUCUACACCAGCACACAACACCAACCAUUUCCAACCUCUAACUAAUCCACAGCUUAUUCAUUGCACCCCACCUUCAACAAACAACAUCAUAGUUCAUAGACCACUAUAA